ACAGCUAUACAUCAGAAGUUCUACAUCUCUUAUUGGUUAAUACCAUCCAGAAGGCCCUCCCAAGCAACGCUCCAUCUUUCUCGUGCUGCAAAGAAGGUUCGAGGCGGUUGUGACACACGCGCAGUCAAAAUGAUGGGCCGACCGGUACUCGUGCUGAGCCAGAAUAUGAAAAGGGAGUCUGGCAGAAAAGUCCAGACGGGGAACAUCAACGCAGCCAAGACCAUAGCUGAUGUGAUCAGGACAUGCCUUGGCCCCAGAGCUAUGAUGAAGAUGCUGCUGGAUCCCAUGGGCGGGAUUGUGAUGACCAACGAUGGCAACGCUAUCCUGAGAGAGGUGAGGCUCUCGUUCCCUGCAGCUGGGUGUGGUCAGAGCUCUGAUUGGUCGAGGGUGUCCCUGCAUUUAAUGUGUGACCGUGUCAUGUUCCAGUUGGCCACUAUUGUUUGUGAAAUUGAACUGAAGUGUUUAUUAGUCUUUAUCAUAAUGGUUGCUCUAAUUUGGCAGAUUUUUUUCAAAAAUGUAAAAAAAAUUCACAGCAGGAGAAUGAACUUCUGGAGGAGCAGUCUGUGCUUACGGUACUCUGACCUUUCUCCCUGCCUCCCUCCCUGUCUCUCCUUCUGUUUCUCUCUCUCUCUCUUUCUUUCUCUCUCCUUCUCUCUCCACCCCCCAGCGGGUGAGAUGCUCUCUGUGGCCGAGCAGUUCCUGGAGCAGCAGAUGCACCCCACGGUGGUGAUCAGUGCCUACAGACAGGCCCUGGACGACAUGCUCAGCAUGCUCAAGGACAUGAGCACCCCUGUGGACACCGACGACAGGAAGAUGAUGCUGCAGAUCAUCAACUCGGCCAUCAACACCAAGGCGCUGAACCGCUGGGCAGACCUGGCCUGCAACAUCGCGCUGGACGCCGUGCGCACCGUGGAGCUGGAGGAGAACGGCCGCAAGGAGAUCGACAUCAAGAAGUACGCCAAGGUGGAGAAGAUUCCCGGCGGGUACAUCGAGGACUCGUGCGUGCUGAAGGGCGUGAUGGUGAACAAGGACGUGACGCACCCGCGCAUGCGACGCCUGAUUAAGAACCCGCGCAUCGUGCUGCUGGACUGCUCCCUGGAGUACAAGAAGGGCGAGAGCCAGACGGAUAUUGAGAUCACGCGUGAGGAGGACUUCGCCCGCAUCCUGCAGAUGGAGGAAGAGUACAUCCAGCAUCUCUGUGAGGAAAUCAUCUGCCUGAAACCCGACCUGAUCUUCACCGAGAAGGGCAUCUCAGACCUGGCCCAGCACUACCUGGUGAAGGCCAACAUCACCGCCAUCCGCCGCGUCAGAAAGACCGACAACAACCGCAUCGCCAGGGCGUGCGGGGCGCGCAUCGCCAGCAGGACGGACGAGCUGAGGGAGGAAGACGUCGGGACCGGGGCGGGCCUGUUCGAGGUGAAGAAGAUCGGGGACGAGUACUUCACCUUCAUCACCGAGUGCAAGGACCCCAAAGCCUGCACCAUCCUUCUGAGGGGCGCCAGCAAGGAGAUCCUGGCGGAGGUGGAGCGUAACCUCCAGGACGCCAUGCAGGUGUGCCGCAACGUGCUGCUGGACCCCAGCCUCUUGCCCGGGGGCGGGGCCGUGGAGAUGGCCGUGUCCCACCGCCUGAUGGAGCGCUCCCGCGCCCUCACCGGGGUGGAGCAGUGGCCCUACCGCGCCGUGGCCCAGGCCCUGGAGGUCAUCCCCCGAACCCUCAUCCAGAACUGCGGGGCCAGCACCAUCCGCGUGCUCACCUCUCUCAGAGCGAAACACACCCAGGAGGGGAACGGGACGUGGGGGGUGAACGGGGAGACGGGGACCCUGGCGGACAUGACGGAGCUGGGCAUCUGUGAGCCGCUGGCCGUCAAGGCCCAGACUUACAAGACCGCAGUGGAGACGGCCAUUUUGCUGCUGCGCAUCGAUGACAUCGUGUCCGGGCACAAGAGGAAGGGCGAUAAGGGAGGAGAGGGAAUGACUGGAGGACAGGGUGCAGAGUAGAGCGAGGGAGACGGGGUGGGGGGGAGGGGGGGGUAAAAACAGAAAGGUGAAAGGAGGUUGAAAGUCUCCUCCUGAAUUGCUUCCACCGUGCUAUCUUUGUAUCUAUGCCACUCCUCUGUUAAAAUGAAUGCAGGCAGAACACCGAGCUGAAGUUUUUUUUCCCCAAAAAAAUGUUAAUGCAAACCUGUCCACCUGACUUCUCUUAUGUUUACAGUCAGUUUGUAAAAGUAAAGGAGGUAUUAGUUUAAUGAUGUGGGGCAACCCUUAGUUUGUUUUUCUGGGCCCUUGUGUGUCUGUGUGAAUUUCUAAUGUUAGGCAAAGUUAGUCUGACAUCCACGCUGGGACCAAGGGCACGCGCUGGUCAGCACCAAGUAUCCUGGCCUCGGACAAGGCCGGGAGGCUGCCUGUUCAAAUGCAUUUCACUUUGCGGGUUUCAUGGAGUGGGUAGCAACAGAAGUGCAGGGUGUGGUCUGUGCUCGAAGACGAAGUUGGCAUGGUGUCUUUGUCAUGUUUUCAACCCUGAAUGUGUGGUUUCAUCCACACAUCCAGUACUCUGUUUGGUCUGUAUUAAGGUUAUUGCUUCUGUUUCCAAUAGUAAUAAACGUGGAAUUUAAAAUUGUG